CUACUUACAUUAUCACUCUCCAAUUUCCAUUCUUCAUAGAAUCAAUCAAUGAGUUUUUAGUCCUAACACUGUAAAAAAUCUCACUCUAGUAGUAACUGUUUUUCCUUUCCUUUUCUUCACUCCUUCAUCAAUGGCUUUCUUUUCCCUUUUCUUUUUCACUCCAAUAAUAACAACAACUUGGAUUCUAGUUCUCUAUUGUUCAUCCUGACACAUUCAUCAUUAUAUUCACCUAUAUUUCAUUCAUUCAUUUCUCCAUUUUCAUCACGUGUUUUUCUGACACUUUCUUUUCUUCUUUCUCUCUGUAGUUUUUUACAGUUUUCACUCCCUCUCUCACUCUCUUGUCGCUACCCCUCUUCAAAAUAUGCUCUUUCAAUGGUUAUUAUGCUAAAAAGAUAAACUUUUGCUUACUGCAUCAUUGUGGUUUUUGUGGUUUUUUCUAGUUUUCUAGUUCCCUGAUUCUGUUACAUGUGAUGGAAUCUUGGAGUUAUAUAUCUGAAGAAAAGGGUUAUGUUUCCAAUGAGAAUCAAGGUUCUGGAGAAAUGGGUUUUUGUGAAAUGUUAGGGAAACAAUUCUCAGAUGAUUUCAAUUUCAUUGGGAGUGUUUCAAGCAAGAAACUUGAUGCUAAAUUUGGUGACCCAAAUGGGUUUUCUUUGAAAGGGGAUUCAAAUUCCAAGCUUUCUAACUCUGUGGUGGAAACUAAUGGUUGGGAUUCUCUUAUUGAUUUGAAGCUGGGACAUUUUGGUGAUCAUGGUCAUGGAGUGCCUAUUUUGUCUUCUUGUGAGUCAUCAACCCCUCCCAAGAGAGUUAGAGUUCAUUCUCUGACUGCAUACUGUCAAGUUUAUGGCUGUAACAAGGAUCUAAGUUCUUGUAAAGAUUACCAUAAAAGGCACAAAGUUUGUGAGGUUCACUCCAAGACUGCUGUUGUCAUAGUGAAUGGAAUUGAGCAGAGGUUUUGUCAACAAUGUAGCAGGUUUCAUUUGCUGUCUGAAUUCGAUGAUGGUAAGCGCAGUUGCCGUAAACGACUUGCAGGCCAUAAUGAGCGUCGAAGAAAACCACAAGUAGGCGCUCACUCCGCGAAUUCCAGGCGAUUGUUUCAGCCAUGUGGUGAUAUAAGGUUCCACGGAACCAAGCCACCACAGGCGUCUUUUAUCUGUCCAGACGUGUUCUCGAAUGGUUUCUCGAGACCGAUUAAAUCAGAACAUGAAACCGGCUUUAGACCUUUAUCUUCCGUGCCUGUUACGAAUGGACAUCAUCAACCAAGGUCUUUGUUUGCUUCGUACAACGGCAAACAAUUUCCCUUCCUUCAUGAAAAUGUUGCUACAUCCACUACAGGUAGCAGCAUGUUCGGUGAAAACAAUAACCAUUAUGCACAUGCCGUCGGCAAUACCUCGUUAGGAAGAGAAGACUUCAAUGCUUUUCAUGCAUCAACCGUUCGAGGAUUAUCAGGAAUUUCAGACUCUUGUGCUCUCUCUCUUCUGUCAUCUCAAUCCAAGAACACUUCAAGCAAUUCGUCGGGAAUUCCAUUUGAUCACCCUCCGGUUAUCCCUACCAGCCAUAGCCAUCUCUAUAGCAUAAGAUCACAAACGACAUCCUCAAGCCGAGUGUCUGAUGGAUUCUUAUCAGAAUUAAAUCCUGCAGACGGAAGUCAUCUCAGUCCUUUAUUGUUACCAGUCAAUAAUGACAUUGUGAACUUCGAAAUGGCAGAUGGAAUCUUCCAAGAUUCAGAUUUUGUGAAUGCUAAAGACCGUCUUUCGUGCGAAGAUGAUGCAACCAUUGACUUACUACAACUGUCGUCGCAGCUUCAGCGAGUCGAGCAUCAUAGACAAUCUCUGCAGGUGAAGAAUGAGAGUGAUUCUUCUUGCACUCUCCGGAUUACUUAAGUUGAUGCAGGAAACUGGUUGUGCAAUAUAUGACAGACACCUCAGUGUGCCAGUUAUCUUAGACAAGUUAGGCCACAGGGAAUGGAAGUAGAAGCUUGAAAUAGUGCUAUUCUCUUCUUCUGAUUCAAUUCGGAUUAAGAACUUAUUAAUCAUGUUAGACUUUAUCAAUGAUAUUUCUAGUUUUGAAAGUUGGGAUGCAAUUGUCCCUCAGUUUUUAAUAUAUAAUCAUGUUGAUGUAAUAAUCAAAGGCCUCACAUGUAGCAAAAUAUGCUAUUCAGAUCAUAGAUACUAGUGAUACUGUCUGAUAUGUCAAUUAGUUACCUCAUAAAGCAUCAAAACCUGGCCAUGGAUUUUUUGGUA